AAAAUUCGAGCCACUCUGUUCACACUGUCUUACAAACGUGUAUACUACACAUCAGUUUCCGCGAAUAACGACAAAUGGUGUAUGGUUUUAACGUGUAUUAAUCAACAAUUAUUUCUGAGAGAUAAACAAUUCGUGAUGAUUAUGGACAGUUUAGAUGCUUUGACUCCAUUUGGCCUAGGUGCCGAUAUGGGAGUACCAAGUUUUAGUUUCGAUAUUCCACAAGGACAUAGUAGACACAUUUCAGAGGCACUGGACGAUCAGGGAUUAAAUACACCUGUGACUAAAUAUUCUGAAACCACAUUUUUUGGGCCAGAUUCAUUGGAACCUCCUCCAAUUAUAUCAACCGCCAAUAUCCAUGCAGCUUUGAACUUUCCCGAGAGAUCUAACGAUGGGGGUCAGGCAUCCAGGCUUCAGUCCAUGCAAGCCAGCAGCGUCAGCACGACCAACACCAUCACCUACAGAGGCACUCUUGUCACAACUGCUGUCACACAGAGUUCGACUCAGGCUGAUGCAGCUCACCACAACCUCGCUCAACUUUUUGGCAGCUCUGCCCUCAAUCCGUUUCUGGCCAUUUUACAUGGGAGAACAUCCCAGGCUGGUUCAAUGGGCAGUUUCCCCCCUCAGUGCGAGUUCAAUAUCCGAAUCCCCCCUACAAGUGAGCAGACAAGUCAAAGCCAGGCAUCUACCUCUUCCCCCAGCAUGCAGUCCCCCCAGGGAGCAGCAGCAGAAGCCAGCUACCAGCAGGAGGAUCGCUACUCCUCAGGUUUUGCCUCACCCACCAGCUCCUGCCAUUCCACACCUGAGCCACAGAUGUCCAUGCUGCCUGAGGAGGGAGAGGAAGAGACCUUCUCCUCACCCCCUCCUCCCUACUCUCUGGCCAUGAGCCUCCCAAUGGACAUCAACCUCAAGCAGCCUCCCACCUACACCAGUUCACAGCCACCACAAGUUCCACAAAAUUUCUUGGACUUUCCUACUGAGAAUGUUUUUCAAAUGCCAAUGACAAUCAUGCCACAGACAUCUAUGGGACCAUCACAGACACAGUUGCCAGACUUUGGAGCCUUGCAGAUGGUGCAUAGCUCCUCAGGGAUGAGCUUUCAGAUGCCAACAAUAAAAACAGAGCCAGACACGGAGCAGUUGGACGAGCGUCUCUUCAUGUCAUCCUCCAGCAUGGACUAUGCCUCUGGUGUCUCUGAGUCCUCUGGAACACAAGGAUUACCUUCAGUGCUUUCCCAGCCCUACCAGCAAAGUUGUGUCAAGUAUCUCCCUGUCAAGCCCCGGAAAUAUCCCAACCGUCCCAGCAAAACCCCGCCCCAUGAGCGCCCCUAUCCCUGCCCCGUAGAGAACUGUGACCGUAGAUUUUCCAGGAGUGAUGAACUAACAAGACAUAUUCGUAUUCACACAGGACAAAAACCUUUUCCCUGCCCAAUUUGUGGACGUUCCUUUAGCCGCAGCGAUCACCUGACCACACACAAAAGGACACACACUGGGGAAAAACCUUUCUCCUGUGACGUGUGCGGUCGCAAGUUUGCUCGCAGUGAUGAGAAGAAGCGCCACGCCAAAGUGCACCUGAAACAACGCAGCAAGAAAGACGCCAAGACUGUGUCCAGCACCGCCAUCAGCAGCCAGUCUGCCUCGUCCUCCAGCACCGUGGAUCCCCUGGACUGUAUAGUCAGCACCAUCCCACUGGUUGUUAGCUCACCCUCAUUUGUUGACUGCCCCACCACAAGCUCGUUAUGACUAUUGUAGCCGCCUUUUAUAAGAAAUAACUUGGUGCUAGACUUUGGGAACAUUUUAAACAAGGCUUACUGGCUUUUGUUUACUCAAUAAGGUUUAAUGUCAUUAAUUUACUCAAUAAAGCUGACUGUAAUUAGUUUACUCAAGUAAUAUGUACUUGGAAUAAUUGCUUGUUGUACCCAAAUGUAACAGUUGGAUAUUCAAAUAUCUUUUCCCUAUAACUAGAUAUUACCCAUUAUUUAAACAUUCUUGCUCCUAUAGCAUCUUCUCUUUUUCUUUCCCUUUCUUUCAGCAUAUUUCUCACUUUCUCUCUCUGCAUAUUUCUCAUUCAUUAAAAAAGGAGUUGAAAAAAAAUCACCAACCACUGACAACCCUUAAAAAAAUCACCAACCACUGACAACCCUUCUGUUGACCUCAUGUUACAUAUUUGAUGAACCAGUAUCUGUGAUGAAACAAUUCCUCUUACAUGCGGCUUUGUUUGACCAUUCUUGUAACCUAUGUGUAUGUGAUCUGUGCCAUACAACUUGUAUUUUGAACCAUAUGUGAUCAUGCCAUAUACUUGUGUGACAGUUACCCCUAAUUUAAAUAUUGUACCACCUUUCUCCCUUCACUGAGUUGCUAUGAGACAUAAGGAUGGCCUCCAUUAAUGGCACUGUGAGGAAACUUACAUGGUUGUAAGGCAGCAUUACCUUCCACAACUGCUAACAUUUUUUAAGUCAAUAAACCUUGUUUCAUACAAUUGCUGUUGUAAACAAAUUUCCGUUAUCAAAAAAGCCAUAAUUUGGUUAUGUGUUCAAUGCUUGUAGCCAAACUUUGUUUCAGAUUUGUACCGAGACUUUUGUUGAGUUUCCUAUAGGAUGUGAUAGAUUGUAUUUAAAUGUAUUUUAAGUUCCGCUGGUUGGUUACUUGACACUGUAUAUACAAUUCACUUUUUUUUAUUAUUGUGCUUCAAUGUGAUGCUUCAGUUCAUUUGCCUGAAAUUUAUAUCAAGAUUUCUAUAUUUUUAUACAUAGUAUAUUUUCUUUUAAAUCAAAAUCUGUUCAAAUUUUAAGCCAGUUUUUAUUUGAACAUUCUUCAAUCCUGAGCCCAAGAGGCUGCACACACCAUUUCUUGUUCUUUUACAAGAUGUCUGGCUGUUGUUUUUUUUUUAUUUCUUCAGCAUUUUAUUUCAAGAUCUCUUGCUAAAAAUGUUGGCAUUUUAAAUCUAAUGUCAUUUAUAGUUCAAUUUAGGUUUAAUUUGAAUGGAAAUUUCAUGAUUUUUUUGUUUGACCUAAAGCCUUUCAAUAUUCCAUGCUCAGUGACUUUUUCUGUCUACACCGUAUGAAGCAGACGUGUAUGUGUUCCUCGCUAGAUUAGUACGCCAUACUCGGGCGGUCUGCUACAGACAGUAGUUUGUGAUUAUGUCUGGAUGUGUGCUGGAAACAGAAAAAAAAAUCUGUUUGUUUAAAAAAUCCUAUGUUUUUUUGUUAUGAUAAUAUAAAUUCUCUUUGUUCUUGCUGGCUAAGAAAAAGACCAUAUUUUAUGAAUGGUAUGGCAUAAUGCCAACAAUUCGAAAAUAUAAUAAAAAAUAAAAAUACGAACAACUA